CUGCGCGCCGCCUCCCCAGAGCCCGCUGCCCCUCGCGGCGCUGCGGGCCCCGUUGUCUCCUCGGACCCUCUGCGCGGUGGCUGUGACACGCCGGCGGUCCCCGGGCCCCCGCACGGCCUGGCCCGGCCAGAGGCGCUUUACUACCCAGGGCCUUUACUGCCCCUAUACCCCACCCCAACCAUGGGCUCUCCCUUUCCUCUGCUGAAUCUGCCUACACCCCUGUACCCCAUGAUGUGCUCAAUGGAACACCCCCUGUCAGCCGACAUCGCCAUGGCUACCCGUGCAGAUGAGGAUGGAGACACGCCUCUCCAUAUUGCUGUGGUGCAGGGUAACCUGCCAGCAGUGCAUCGGCUUGUCAACCUCUUCCAUCAUGGGGGCCGGGAGCUAGAUAUCUACAACAACCUACGACAGACACCACUCCACCUGGCUGUGAUCACCACAUUGCCGUCCGUGGUCCGGCUCUUGGUGAUGGCUGGCGCCAGCCCUAUGGCACUGGACCGCCAUGGCCAGACGGCGGCCCACCUGGCGUGUGAGCACCGCAGCCCCAGCUGCCUGCGUGCCCUGCUGGACAGCGCGGCCCCGGGCACGGUGGACCUGGAGGCCCGCAAUUACGACGGGCUCACCGCCCUCCACGUGGCCGUGAACACCGAGUGCCACGAAGCCGUGCUGCUCUUGCUGGAGCGUGGGGCGGACAUCGACGCCGUGGACAUUAAGAGCGGCCGCUCUCCGCUCAUCCAUGCCGUGGAAAACAACAGCCUGAGCAUGGUGCAGCUACUGCUGCAGCACGGCGCCAACGUGAACGCUCAGAUGUACUCGGGCAGCUCGGCCCUGCACUCGGCGUCGGGCCGCGGGCUCCUCCCGCUCGUGCGCACGCUGGUCCGCAGCGGCGCUGACAGCGGCCUCAAGAACUGCCACAAUGACACGCCACUCAUGGUGGCGCGCAGCCGCCGGGUCAUCGACAUCCUGAGGGGGAAGGCCACCCGGCCUACCUCCACAUCACAGCCGGAGCCGUCCCCCGACAGGAGCGCCACCACCUCCCCUGAGAGUAGCAGCCGCCUCAGCUCCAAUGGUCUUCUUUCUGCGUCGCCAUCCUCCUCGCCCUCCCAGUCUCCCCCCAAGGAGCCCCCUGGAUUCCCCAUGGCUCCCCCCAAUUUCUUCCUGCCUCCUUCAUCUCCACCUGCCUUCCUGCCCUUUGCCGGGGUCCUCCGAGGCCCUGGCCGGCCAGUGCCCCCCUCCCCAGCUCCAGGAGGCAGCUGAGAGGGAUGGGGGGGCAGAUCUCGGACUCAUGAGGAGGGGCCUCCCUGCCCUGUGGGGGUCCACUCUUUUGAAAACUGUGAAGAUCUCACUCUGCCCCCCCCCAUCUUCGGGACCAGGAUUUGCACAGAAGCACCUGCACCUUCCCAUAAACCCCAUCUUCUGAACACAGAUAUCCCCUCUCGUCUCCUGCCCAGAACUCCCACCCGUCAUUCUCAGGCAUCGGUCCCUUGUCUGGAGUUCCAUGCACGUGCUCGUUUCCUUCUCUUCUCCCAGAGCUUGUGGAACCAGGGAACAACCACUCCCUUCUACCCUCUACCCAGAUGGGUGAGGAGGGGAGAGAUGGGCCAUAGGUGGGCACUAAUAGCAGUGUAAAUUAUUAGGCAUUUUGGUUGAAUUUCUUUUGUAAUAAACUAUUUUUGUACCAUA